GGUUUACCCUUGCUCUAAUUAUCAGAACCCAUUUAUCCAAAACCCUUCUACAUCUUCCGUGAAACACCGUCUCCGGUGACACACCUGAAAUCGAUUCGGAACACUGCCACAAAUAUACAACUUUUUCGGUGAAUUCAUAAUAACUUCAAACCACGUUUAUUCUUUCUCCGAUCAGGAAACGAUCGGGAUUUACGUAUAGUUAUUAGCAGUAGUUCAGAGGGGUAAAAAAGUCAUUCUUCACAGUCUUUCAGAGGUGCAACCAAACAACACCUUACUGGCUACCCAGAGCCUCUUACCAUUCAGACCUUUUAUUAGUUCAACACUUACCCAGUCAGAGGUUGCCAAACAGCCUAGUCAGUUGAAUAAUAGACCGCUAUGGCUAUGAGGAAGCUUUCGCUGUCGAAGCUUCUCCGCUUCCGCCACCACACACCUCGUAUAAUCGCUUCUUCAAUUUCUUCGUCAUCUGAUCCCUUUUCCCCUUCCUCUUCAAUCGAAUCUCAACAUUUCGCUAAUACAUCCAGUCCGUAUAUAUCUACACUCGGCUUUUAUAGGCACGUUGACAGUGCUAGAUUUGUAAACAACUUCUCAUUACCAUCAUCUUGUCGUUCCUUUUCCACUCAUGGAAGAAAAACCACCGAGGGUGAACAACUGUCGGAGCCAGGGUUCUUUGAUUACGAUUAUGCUAUCAGCGACGAUGUGGGGUUUUCCGGUGAGGUUAGUGGUGCAGUUGGCAGUGGCGAAGAAGCGAUUCUUCCGAUUCGUUGCCUAAUCCGGUUUCUGGAUACAGUGCAUGAUCUUACUGGCAUGCCUUGGUGGAUGGUUAUCAUAAUCUCGACACUAGCUCUUAGAGUUGCCAUACUUCCUGUGCUUCUUGUACAGCUUCGCAUAUUGAAGAGGAAUGCUGAGUUGGCACCGCAAUUGCCUCCACCAUUUCCACCACCUUUCUCAGGAAAGAGUUGGAUAGAACAGUACAAACGCUUUCGGGACAAAAGGAAAAAAAUUGGUUGCCCAUCGUUUCUAUGGAUAUUAGCAUAUCCGUCUGUUCAGAUUCCCUGUUUUAUCUUAGGGACUGCAAGUGUCCGACAAAUGGCGCUGGACCAUCAUCCUGGUUUCGAAUCUGGGGGCAUUCUUUGGUUCCAGAAUCUGAUUGAAUUGCCGCAUGGUGCGACAGGCUACAUUUUUCCCCUGUUGUUAGCUUCACUGCAUCUUCUCAAUGUUCAGGUUUCAUUUGACAAGUCUUCUUUGACAAAGCUGCCAAAUUUAAUUGGUGUUUUAGCAAAGUAUUAUAGGUACUACUUGCAGUUUCUCACUUUUCCUAUGCUUUUUGCUGGAUUUUAUCUUCCACAGGGCAGUUUGAUAUACUGGACAGCUAAUAGUUCCAUAACCCUUGUUCAGCAACUCGCUAUGAAGCAUCCACAUGUUCGUGAAAAGCUGGGAUUACCCGAUAAGUUGGCUCCUGUGAAUUCUGGAACGUCCCGUAAACUCGAUGGACUAGAGUCCACGUUCACUGUUCCUAUGGUUAAAAAACCUAUUCAAGAGUUAUCAAUUCUAGAACUUUUUAAUCUCUCUAUCAAACACCUAUCGAAAGGGGAACAAGAUAGAGCGGUUCGACUUCUAAGACUGGCACUCGAAAAGGACCCUGAGUAUGUCAGAGCAUUGAUCGUUAUGGGGCAAAUUUUGAUGAAAGAAGAAAAAUUAGUCGAGGCUACUGAAUAUUUGGAGCGUGCUAUAGCCAAACUUCUUCUUGUUGAGAAUCCAACAGAGGUUGAGGAGAUUGAUCAUUUGAUUCUAGCAUCUCUGUGGUCAGGUGUGGCCCUUGCAAAGCAGGGUAAAGUUGAAGACGGGAUUGUACACCUAGAAAGAAUAGCAAAUAUGAAAGAGCCAGAGGAUGCAAAGACCAAAACCCAUUAUUGUGAUGGUUUGUUUAUGCUUUCUAGUUCUUUAGCAAGCGUAGGACGCAAUGGCGAGGCAGCAAAGUAUCUGCGCAUCUUAACAGCGUAUGAUCCUGCUUACAGUCAGUACUUGAAAGAUGUUGAAAGUGAAGACAAUUUUGCAAAUGAUCUUGAAAAUACAAGGAGAAAAGAUUACUGAUCACAUUCACAUUCACAUUCCAUCUAUUUUUUGUUCCUCUUUAAUGCUCUUUUUGUUCCAACAAUUUUGAUAUUUUAUACGGAUUAUAAACUCUUUAGGGGAUAUGACGUAGUAGUAAUAACGGGACAAAUAAGUAAAACAGAACAUACCCGAAAAGAAAACUAUUGUAUUUUUUGCAACAACCCGACACAUGGAUAAUGUUUAUCGUUGUUAGUUUUAUUUGUUUGAUUCAAA